GCGCAUACUUCUUGCUGCUCGCAACCAACAACAACAGUACAGAACACAACAAAAUAGCAGAGUUCCGAGAAACAGUGCAGAAGAGAGUUGCCACCAUGGCCGCCGACGACGAUAUAACCCCUUUAGCCUCCCUCUCCCUCACCCACGUGUACUAUAACCCGACGGACCCGCUCUCCACCGCCUCCGCCUUCCUCUCCCUGCUGCCGCAGGCGCUGUGCGUCGUCUACGCGACGCUGCUCUGGUCGACGCGCGAGGCCGAGGUGCUGCUCAUGUUCCUGGGCCAGCUGGCCUGCGAGGCCAUCAACUUCGCCCUCAAGCGCCUGAUCAAGGAGGAGCGGCCGCCCCGGCUCGGCGUCGGCAAGGGCUACGGCAUGCCCAGCUCGCACGCGCAGUUCGCCGCCUUCUGGGCCGUCGCCCUCGCCCUGUUCCUGUGCGUGCGGCAUCGCCCGGCGAGGCUGGGCCCCCCGCGGCGGCCGCCGCGGCUCCGGCUCGGAGGGCGCGCCGUCGUGCCGCCUGGUAAGGGAGACCGGGCGGCGGCGACUGUCGCGGACGGGAACAGGAACGGGAACGGGAACGGGGACGCGGAGCCGAGAUUGAGCGACGUGCACCGGGCCUACGUUAGCGGGGGGCUCGCGGCGGCCAGCCGGUCGAUCGAGGCGUACUCGCACUCGCAUUGGACGAUGGCCCAGCGCGUCGUGGUGAGCGCCGGUGCGCUGCUCGUUGCCGGCCUGGUGGCGUGGAGCCGAGUGUAUCUGGGGUACCACACCGUGAGGCAGGUGGUGGCCGGCUCCGCGGCCGGCGCGGGGUGUGCGGCCGCCUGGUUUGCGGUGACGUAUCUGAUGAGGGAAACGGGAAUGGUCGCUUGGGCUCUUGAGCUGCCGCCGGCGAGGUGGUUCCGGAUGAGAGACCUGGUGGUCGAGGAAGAUUUGUGCCAGGCUGGGUGGGAAAAGUGGCAAGAGAAGCGGCAGCUGGCGCUGGAGAGGGAGCAAAGCAGGGAGAGGGUGAGAGAGAAGAAGGGGCAGUGAGGAUCCCGGUUAGAGCAGGUGGGAAACCAUUUGUGAAUGGGUUGGCAUGAGGGCUCAAAUGCAAGUAAUCUAUU